AUGGUCGACAUAGUCCCAGUCUCAUCCUACCCAUCGCACAUCUCACUCCUCCCCUCGAUCCAACAAUGCAACCUGACGAAUCUGCCGGAGAACUACUUCCUCAAAUACUACCUAUACCACGCCCUGACAUGGCCACAGCUUUCUUUUGUCGCCGUAGUCCGUGGACCCGGCGGUAAGCUGCCGAAAUACCCCAAAGUCGUGGGCUAUGUGCUGGCCAAGAUGGAAGAAGAGCCCACGGACGGCGUGGCACACGGUCAUAUUACCAGUCUGUCCGUGAUGCGGACACACCGACGUCUAGGGAUCGCGGAGAAACUGAUGCGCAUGAGUCAACGGGCCAUGGCCGAGGUCUUCAACGCCAACUAUGUCAGUCUGCAUGUGCGCGUAUCCAAUGUCGCCGCGCUGCAUUUGUACCGAGACACUCUGGGGUUUGAGGUCGAAAAGGUCGAGAGCAAGUACUAUGCCGACGGAGAGGAUGCAUAUGCGAUGAAGAUGGAUUUGAAGGGGCUGCAGAUUAAGGAUGUCCCGGAAGAUGAUGACGAUGAAGAAAAGGACGAGGGUGAUGCUGUGGGGUCGGCUGGGAAGAAAGGAGACACCGCUGAUGGCCAGGCGAAUGGUGAGGGAGGACCCAAGAAGGAAAAAAUGAUCAAGGUCAAGAUCGGACAGAGGUUAGGUGUUGGUGACUUGGUCGAGAGGACUGAGGGGUCCACUGGUGCACAAUAUUGA